AUGCCUCCGAUCGCGAGCACUGCUCUUCCGUCCUCGUCAGGGAUCCCCUCGGACAUGGCGCUGGUGCAAGAAAUGAGAAAGGCACUAAUGGAUUACUUUGUGACCAAUGAAACCCCGGACUCCACCGCUUUGAAUUGCUGGGAGGCAUACAAGACAGUAAUCCAUGGCCACCUCAUAGCCCGAUGCUCUGCCAGAAAGCGGGCGGCCACUCAGGAAAUGUCCACCCUAAGUAGGGAUAUAGCUGAACUGGAAAGACGACACAAACUCACGCUGGACAAAACAGUAUAUAGGGAUCUACUCCUGAAGAGGGGCCUACUCACGGCUCUACUCUAA